AUGCAGAAGCAAAGAAAUCAAGACAAAGCUGUUCCUGCAACUAAAAAAACUGACAAGUCUGCUGUGGGGGUGAGUAAGGGCUUGCAAGUUCACUUCCCCUCCCAUACCAAGGCAUCGCGGCUUAUUACUAAAGCAGCCCGGUCCUCAGUAUAUAAAGGAGACCGGGCUGAAGAUGAGGGGGCGGGUGGCGGGAAGUCCCAUUCCCUGUCAUGGUCCUCGGCCAUCACGGCGGUCAGACAUGGGGGGGGGGGCUCUGCUACUCGUUCUUCUCUCACCACAGAUGCUGACAGGGCUACACAGAGCCCUGAUGAAACAGACAUGGAGGAUGCUUCUAACAUUAUAACACAAACUCCAUUGCAACAAAGAGAUAGAAAAUUGAAUACCACCAAGAUGGAUGAUUUUAAUGAGUCAGCAAUUGCCUCAACCAAGAUGACCACCACUUCUACAUAG